UUCCUUUCUUGUCGAACCAUAUUUCGGUGGUCCCUAAUUAUUUAUUAAAUUACCUAUUAAUGUUCUUACCAAGAUCUUCAAUUAGCUCCAGAAUGUUUCCACUCCUUUCUGACAAAAAAAGUGGCCAAACUCGCCGUUCAUUAUUACUUAUGGGAGUUACUUUUCUUUAUUUAGUAGCUGGUGCUAUAAUAUUUAGUUUAUUUGAAUAUGAAGAGGAUGAAAGAUCUAGACAAGAAGUAACGGCAAAAAGAAGAUUAAUGCAACAAAAAUAUAAAUUUUCUAAAAAGGAUUAUGCUCAAUUAGAAAAUAUUGUUGUCCAGUCAAUUCCUUUUUCUGCUGGCCGUCAAUGGCAAUUUCUAGGGUCAUUAUAUUUUUGUACAGUAGUGAUAUCAACAAUAGGUUAUGGACAUUCAACUCCGAAUACAAGAGCCGGUCGUUUAUUUUGUAUGGUUUAUGCAUUGGGUGGAAUUCCCUUGGGAUUGGUUACAUUUCAAUCGGUUGGUGAACGUAUUAAUCAUAUUAUUAAAACUUUGCUUGUGCAAAUACAAAAAUGUUUAUUUAAAAACAAAAAAUGGUUAAGUAAAUGGCAAAUAAAGUCCAGACAUUUAUUGUUUGUUUCUUUCUCUAUUGGAUGUAUUACAAUUGCAGUUGCAAUCUCAACAAUUGGUUUUGGAGACUUUGUCCCAGCCCAAACCAAUGAAAGAUUAAUGAAAGAACCUGGAUAUGUUCUUUUUACUUUAAUAUUUUUACUUUUUGGAUUGGCAAUAUUUUCAGCUUGUAUUAAUUUACUAAUUCUUGAAUUUAUGGCAUAUAAUGCAGACAUUGUAACAGCUAGAAGUAGAUUAAAAAGAAUGAUAUCUAUAAAAAUGUCAACAUCAUUUCGUUUAGUAACUUCAUCACAAAAAAUUAGUAUAAUAUCAAAGCAAGAAAAGCCAAAAAGUUGGCGUCAAUUAAAGCAAAGUAUGGCCAUUAGAAGAAGAAAAAAGGAAAGACCACAAGCUGCCCGCAAAAUUGGAUUUUUUGUCGAAAAAAUUGAGGAAGAUAAUGAAGAAAUAAAAAAUAAAAGAAAUUCCCCUUCACUGUCUAUUUUACGAGAUAUUUAUAAAUGCCAUUAUUGGACACAUCAGAAAAAAUUUUGUGCCCGAAGAUUACCUACUCCUUAUAUUGAACAUUUGGUUAGGUAUUCUGCUGAUGAAAAAUAUUAUUAUUGA